AUGGGGGAGCGUCUUGUGAAUGACCAGACUCGAGGUUUGCUGCAAGAAUACCUUUCAUCUUGCGAGAAAUACUUGAAGAAGUUCAACCUCAAGCUCACUGAACCUCUCGAGAUUGGCAGUACUUAUAGUACCUCAAUUGCUUUCAUGACAGGCCAAGUUCCGCGUACAUCGCCAACUUUCUGGCUCAGUCAACUAAAUCAUGACCGUUAUGAUCUCCUCUCAAGACCCUGGCAGGCUGUCAUGAUCGAAUAUGGCCUGGCUAUCACAAACUUACAUCGAGCGCAGAGACUAGUCGCUCUCUGUGAUAAGCCUGUUGAGUUGAACGAAGAACUGCGCCACGUCGGCCACCUCAAUUGGAACCCUGAAGUCUUCCCAGAAACACUGCUCCUUGAAGCUGAGAGUGGCAUCAUGGUUCGCGAGGUGCAAGCAACGAUUGCUGAAAAGAUGAUGCAGCCACCAAAUGCUGAGAAUACCGUGAUGCAGUUGAACAUGGGCGAGGGAAAGUCGUCUACAAUCAUCCCAAUCGUCGCUGCCGCUCUUACAGAUAGGAAGAAGCUGGUGAGAGUGAUAGUAGCAAAACCUCAGAGUAAACAAAUGCUCGAGAUGCUUGUUGCCAAGCUGGGAGGCCUGCUAAACCGCCGCAUCUACCACAUGCCUUUCUCUAGAGAUCUCCGACUGAACGAAGGUGAUGCACGAGUUAUUCUCGAGAUUUGCCAAGAGUGUAUGGCUCACCGAGGAGUCCUCUUGGUCCAACCAGAACACAUUCUCUCUUUCAAACUUAUGGGCAUUGAAUGCCUUUUGACCGACAAGCCUGCCACUGCAAGAGUACUUCUCGAUACCGCACGUUGGUUCGAUGAUAAGUCGCGCGAUAUCGUCGAUGAGAGCGACGAAAACUUUAGUGUUAAGUUUGAGCUGGUCUACACUAUGGGAUCUCAGCGAUCCGUUGGAUUCGCCCCAGACCGUUGGCUGCUCAUUCAAGAGGUCUUGAGCUUUAUUCCAAGACUUGCGACGCAAGUCAAGGAUAUCUUACCAUUUUCGAUCGAAGUCGAGCAUAGCAAUGACUGCAGAUAUCCUCGAGUGAGAAUCCUACGCGAUGAUGGAGCUGAAGCCCUGCUCGCUUUACUCAUGAAACACAUCGUCAAGUAUGGUCUGACUGGAUUGCCGAUCCGCAGUCAGCCUCCAGAAAUCCAAGAGGCCGUCCUUCGCUACAUAUCGACAACGGAGCUGUCCGCCAAAGAUGUCCGUGCCGUAGAGGAAAGCAGAUUCUGGACGCCAGCAACUAAGGAGCCGCUCCUUCUUGUGCGCGGUCUUAUAGCCGGUGGUGUGUUACGAUUUUCUUUGGCUCAAAAGCGCUGGCGCGUGAACUACGGUCUCGAUGCCUCUCGAACUCCAGGCACGAAGCUUGCAGUGCCCUAUAAGGCCAAGGACUCGCCAUCGCCACGCUCCGAAUUCUCGCACCCAGACGUUGUCAUUCUCCUGACACUGUUAAGCUUCUACUAUGGUGGCCUCGAUGAUGACGAAUUGUUUGAUACCUUCAUUCACCUCCUCAAUUCUGACCAAUCAAACAUUCAUUAUGAUGAUUGGGUUUGUACUGCAGCUCCCGGUCUUCCGGCUGGCUUUCGACAGCUUUCUGGGGUCAGCAUCAAGGAUCGUAUCAUGUGCGUUCAGCAGAUCUUCCCGUAUCUGCGUUACUCUCGAGCGGCUAUCAACUACUAUCUGACAUACCUCAUCUUUCCAAGAGCGAUGAAGGAGUUCCCUUCGAAGCUGUCUGCAUCAGGCUGGGAUCUCGGUGCUGUGAAGAAGCAUCCCACAACCGGCUUCAGUGGCACGAACGACACUCUGCACGUAUUGCCUCUCGCUGUUAAGCAUCUUGAUCUGCCGAGUCAGAGUCAUACCAAUGCUUUGGUCCUCAGCUAUCUUCUGCAGCACGAGACAUCCGUGGAACGAUUAUCAGCUAGAACGAUCGGGACUGAUGCCGAGCAUCUCCUUGCUGUAAUCAACAGCAUGCAGCCCGAAGUUCGUGUAGUACUCGAUGUUGGUGCACUGAUCCUCGAGAUGAACAAUACCGAAGUCGCUCGUUGUUGGCUUUCUAAACGCAAGAAUAAUCAAACGGAAGCAGUGGUCUUCUUCAAGGAUGAGGAGCUGUCUGUACUAGACAUUCAUGGAUGCAUUGAAUCUUUCCAGACAUCACCAUUUGCAAAGCAGCUUGAUCGAUGUCUUGUUUACCUGGAUGAAGCACAUACCCGUGGAACGGAUUUGAAGCUCCCACGAGACUACAGAGCUGCCGUGACUUUGGGCGCAAACUUGACGAAAGACCGUUUGGUACAGGCCUGUAUGCGCCUUCGAAAACUUGGUAAAGGGCAAUCAGUUGUAUUCGUAGCCCCGGAGGAGAUCUCUACCAGAAUCUGUGAGCUAACGCAGAGACAACAAGGCGCCCUCAUCACAGUCACUGAUGUAUUGUGUUGGAGCAUUGGCGAGACUUGGCUCGAUUUGUCAAGAAGCAUGCCGCUCUGGGCUGUCCAAGGUCACCGCUACGAGAGACACAAGUACCUUCUCGAUGGCGCGAAAACCACCUUAGCACAAGCCCAAUCUUUCUUGGAAGAUGAAGCACAGAGCAUUGAGGAUCGGUAUAAGGCUGUCACUGGCAUUACCAACCAAUUUGCGGGUUGGGAUCUGACCAAUCCAUGUAUCAUGCAGCUGAUAUCGCGUUGCUUGGAGUUUGGGGCACUAGGGAUCAACUCGGCCACAUUGCAGGAGGAACAGGAGCGAGAGCUGAGCCCCGAGAUUGAAGAAGAGAGACAAAUUGAACGCCCGCCUAGGAUGACUGCUGAGAAGCACCAAUUACAUCCAGACUUGACAGAUUUGGCGCACACUGGAGAGCUUCGCAAUCCCUCAACGGCAUAUGAGCCCGCAUUCGAGGCUCUUGGAUCGACUAGUGCUGCUAAGCAUUGCGACCUCACUCGAUUUCCGAAGCAGUUGCUGGUCUCAAAAGACUUCAUGCGGACCGUCAAGAUCCCUGCUGGCUCGAAAAAGGCAGACUUCGUCUCCGAUUCUUACCAAAGACCCGUCCAGUGGGUUUUGUCUGUUCCUGACCAGGCACACCUCAACGUCAUCAAGCAUCUGAUCAUACUGAGCCCGCACGAAGCGAACCAGUUGCAGUCGACAAUUACGAAACGCAAAAAGGUAACGCUGCACCUAUUUGCGCCACGAUUCAACAUGAGCUUUGCUCCGCUCGACAAGCUCAAGCUCUUCAACGUUGGUCAAGGCUUUGACGAGAGUAGCGUUCCUUUGUCGCUCACAGUGCAGCUGAACCUGUUCUCGGGGAGCUUGUAUCUCCGCUCUUUUGCGGAGUACGAAGCUGUGUGCGACUUCUUGGGUCUUCUGAGAGGUAUACCUGGUCUCGAUCAGCAUGUUUUCGCCGAUGGUUUCAUCGAUCCACCCAGCGGAACGUGUGGGCUGGAUACCUCACCGGUGCAGUUUCUACGUGCUCUGCUUAUGAAGAUCCGGAAAGAGGGAGAGGGCGUAGAAAAGACGCACAUGGGUAGAUUGUUGGGCGGACUUCGAUUGGAGGAGUGUGACUUUGAUACAGGACUCUAG